AUGAGACUUGAAAAAGAUUUUCAAGGUCUCAUGCAGCAAGAGAGAGCGAUAGUUCCACAUCAUAAACAUGAAAAAAAAGAAAGAUCUUUAUGCUAUUAUUUCCGCUUAAGAGAUUUAUGGUUUUCGCUGUGCUGUACACAAGCAAUUGUCGUUCGGCUGAGAAGUUGGAAAGAACUUCAAAACUCUAGUGAAAUAGCACAAACAAUUGCAAACUCCCCAGACUCUUUGGCUCUUUACUUUUUUUUUGUUAAAGCAUUACAACGAUGGUGUUGCAUUGAUUAG